AUGCUGAGGACAACACUAUCUUUACGAUACCCGUUGACGAAGAGUCAGGUGGAAGAGGGAAUAAUGCGUACUGCAUCUUUUCAUGAGCUCCGGAAUACCCAACUGCACCUGUUAAUCGACAAGUUGGGCUUUCAAUCCUUAUGGAUUCUUCUUGUAUCAUCAUUAUCAUUAUUGCCUCAGCUUCUUUAUCGACAAUCCUCUUCUUUUUCCGAAUACUUCCCAUUUUGUUCUGUUACACAUUGCUUAUGA